CACAGUCAAGUUGUGAGGCUUUUUUUUUUUUCUCUGUGCUAUCAAAGUUGAAUCGAAGUUUUACUAAAGUUGAAGGAUAAACCAAUGUAGUUCUAAACUGCAUACUAUACAUCCGUCCGUUUUUAAUCAGGCCCAUGUUUUAAUCUCGUGGGAAUAUAAAAAAGAAAAGAAGAAAAGAAGUCACCAUUGUUCGAGUUGGAUCGCUUAACGCUUACCAGAUUUCCUGUUCCUGUGUGGAAGAAUUACCGAGGGCUGCUAGCAAGAGAGGCAGUGACGCAAAACACACAUUAUACGAAAGCAGCUGUGUGGACUGAGGCUCAGGACUGUGCAGCUCGAACACCCGGGGGUUUACCUGCUACUGCAGACUGUCAGCUGAGGGACAGUCACACACUCGGUCACAUUUGGUGACUCUUUUCUUGUUUUUUUUUUUUUUCUUUUUUUCCCCUCCAUUGUUUUGGACUAAAGAUCUUUUUUCUUUAUUUCUCGUUGCCUCUUUUUAAACGCAACCAUUUUUGCGUGAACGAAACUCUGAUUUUCUCUCAUAUUAUGCACUUCAAUGGAUACCGGGGGUUCAGUGGUUAGCAUGCGAGCUGAGGAGCAGCCCUUUCAUGUCCGCUACAGUACCAAACAGUAGCCUUCAUAGGCUAACAGUGCAGGAUGGAGGUGUCCUGCUUGGAGCUCGCACUGGAGGGUGAGCGGCUCUGCAAGGUGGGGGACUACAGAGCAGGUGUAUCCUUUUUUGAAGCUGCCAUCCAGGUGGGCACAGAGGACCUUCAAGUGCUCAGCGCGAUCUACAGCCAGCUGGGCAAUGCCUACUUCCACCUGCAUGACUACGCCAAGGCUUUGGAGUUCCACCGACAUGAUCUCACUUUAACCAGGACAAUCGGUGAUUUGCUCGGAGAAGCCAAAGCCAGCGGGAACCUUGGAAACACAUUAAAGGUGCUGGGGCGGUUUGAUGAGGCUGUGGUCUGCUGUCAGAGGCACCUGGACAUCGCCAGGGACAUUAAUGACAAGGUAGGGCAGGCGCGAGCUUUCUACAACUUUGGGAAUGUGUACCAUGCCAAAGGGAAAAGUAUCUGUUGGAGCGGGGCUGAGCCUGGAGAUUUCCCUGAAGAGGUCAUGAAUGCACUGAGGAGGGCAGCAGAGUACUACGAGGCAAACCUGGCAAUAGUAAAGGAGCUUGGAGAUCGAGCUGCUCAGGGUCGCACUUUGGGCAACCUUGGCAACACACAUUACUUGUUGGGAAACUUUCGCAAAGCUGUAGCCUCUCAUGAACAGCGUUUGCUGAUAGCUAAGGAGUUUGGCGAUCGGUCGGCAGAGAGGCGGGCGUACUGCAACCUGGGGAACGCCUUUAUCUUUUUAGGGGAGUUCGAAGUGGCGGCUGAGCAUUACAAGAGGACACUACAGUUGGCCAGACAGUUGAAGGACCGAGCCGUGGAGGCUCAAGCCUGCUACAGUCUGGGAAACACGUACACACUACUCCAGGACUAUGAGAGAGCCAUAGACUAUCACCUCAAACACCUCAUCAUAGCUCAAGACCUCAAUGACAGGAUUGGGGAGGGCCGUGCAUGCUGGAGUCUUGGAAAUGCUCACACUGCACUGGGGAACCAUGACCAAGCUAUGCAUUUUGCUGAGAAGCACUUGGAGAUCUGCAGAGAGACUGGAGACAGGAGUGGAGAGCUGACGGCUCGUAUGAAUGUUUCUGAUCUUCAGACAGUUCUGGGUUUGAGCUACAGCACGAAUAACUCCACGCUGUCAGAAGAUAAGGAUAUCGACUACAACCUACAUGGAGCAAAGCCCAGGAUGAGCAGGCGGCACAGCAUGGAGAACCUGGAACUGAUGAAAAUCACUCCAGACAAAAUGAAUGGUCAGAAGUGGAGCAGUGAUAUCUUGGCCAAACAGUCGAAACCCUCUUUGACAAAGAGUUCGUCCAAGCUGUUCUUUGUCAGCCGUCUGCGUGGGAAGAAGUACAAGACUGGUGGCUCGAGUAAGGUCCUCCAAGACACGAGCAACACUCUGGACACAAGCCAAACUGCAGCACAGGGACCACAGAAACGACUGAGUCCUGACAUGCUCGGAGACGAAGGCUUUUUUGACCUGCUUAGCCGUUUCCAGAGCAACCGUAUGGAUGAUCAGCGUUGUUCAAUACAAGAUAGAGGCAGCAGGUUAUCACUGAACAGCGGUCCAGAUUCACUGCCCAAAACCAUCAGAAAAUCUGUGUCAGAGUCCGUCAAUAUCUCGGGCGCAUCAUGCCGGCGGUUAGAGGAGUCCUCGGCAGCAGGAGGGAGCCUGCCCGGCCUCAGGCUCAAUCAGAGCAACAACCAGGCAGUACUCAGCCACCUGAUGGCCAACGCUGACAACGCUGAGCCUGAUGACGACUUCUUCGAUAUGCUUGUCAAGUGCCAGGGUUCACGAUUAGACGACCAGCGCUGCGCCCCUCCGCCUCCCCCAGUCCGAGGACCCACUGUGCCCGACGAGGACUUCUUCAGCCUCAUUAUGCGCUCUCAAGCCAAAAGAAUGGACGAGCAACGUGUCACCCUGCCUUCUGCAGCCAGAUCAACCUCCAGCUCCAGCUCCAGCUGAACAAAGCACUUACAGGCGCAUGCCUUUCCUUUUAAAUUUCAUGAAAUGUUGAACAGCAUUGUGGCUGACUAAGUCACUGAGAAUACUUGUAACUAAUAACAUUAGUCCCGUUGGACAAAACAAAGCACCAUCGGCAGUAAAUGUACAGUACAGGAUGGGGAAAAAUAUCAUCUCAGUUUAACAAACACUUGUUUCACUCAACUUGGAGACUAACAGUCACAGCAGAAUCAGGGAUAUUUUAAAAAAAGAAGUUGUUUUUAAUGAUUGUAUACUGGAUACAUUUUUUCUUUUAAUUCCAAAUGUAUUUUUCAAUACACAGCUGCGGUUGUAUAUAUUAUACUUAAUGUGAUUCUGUUGUCUGCCGUCCCAACACUUUGAAAUAACAUGUAGAUGUAGCACUCGUGUGUUUUGCUCAUAUGCAACAUUUUUGUGUUUGAGAAAAAUGAUGGCUAAAAGAAAUAAAAGGUAUUUUGCGCAAACGUAUAAAAAUAAUUAAUUUAAGCCAUGUAAAGACCCUUUUGUAUGCUUUCUGAGUGAUGUCAGAAAUAAAACUAGUUCAAGGAGGCGUCCUGUUGUGACUAAACGCUCAAUGUUAAGUUCUUAUUUUAACAAGGCAAGAAACUUUUUUUUGUAAAAGGUUUUAUUGAACGUACCAGCACUCAGACUUAAGUUAGCUUUAGUUUGUCACUUUUUUUUAAAAACACCAAUUAGAAAGGCUUAAUACAAGAUCCACUAUCAUUUCAAAAGCAAUUAACUGUACAUACAUAAACACAACUGAAAUAAAUACAUCUAUGUACGUAUUAGUUUGGCCUCAUUUCUGAAGAGAAUAUACUAUACAUUAACAUAAAAAAACUUAAAUAUGCAUGUUUGUAAGUUAGUUAGCAUUAGACAAUGUUAAAAAACAAAGUGCACAUGUAAAAUAAUGAAAAAUGCCCUGAAAACUGGUUUUAAAUAAACCUCAAAACACCCGUGCUUGUAUCCAGAUUUUCUUGUGCAU